CAUCCGCAGCGCUUGCAAGUCCUCAGCCCAUGAUCCCGGAAGUAACUGCCCCGCGCUCCGGAAGCGAUCCGACGGGCGGCGAGCGCCCUCCGCCUAGCUUUCGGUGUGAGACGUAGAGCCCAGCGAACGCGGCGGCGAACGAGAUGCCGGUGGCCGUGGGUCCCUACGGGCAGUCCCAGCCCAGCUGCUUCGACCGUGUCAAGAUGGGCUUUGUCAUGGGGUGCGCCGUGGGCAUGGCGGCCGGGGCGCUGUUCGGCACCUUCUCCUGUCUCAGGAUCGGAAUGCGAGGUCGAGAGCUGAUGGGUGGCAUUGGGAAAACCAUGAUGCAGAGUGGCGGCACCUUUGGUACAUUCAUGGCCAUUGGAAUGGGCAUACGAUGCUAAUCAGGGCAGAGAUUGCCUGCAUCUAUAUUUUCCCAUCCAUUUUGACCCUUGUACAAUAAUAAAGAUUUUUCUUCUCA